AUGGAGAAGGUUAAAGUGGAAUCACUUUCUCUGGCGCACUCACUGUCGGACAAGCCACUGCCGCACUCGCCUCUUAUACCUACCUGCUUGGAAGGUGGUAAAGUUUCAGAUCGUUUGGGCAAAUUGAAAACAUCUUCGGAGAAGUGGAAAGAUCGCAUCGAGCAAUCGGAUGCAUCGAAAUUCACAGUCGCUGGUCGCCUCCAGAAAAAGGCACAAUCGCCAAUUGAGUUGCAAUUUGAACGCGGUCCAAAUGCUGAACCCAAAAAAUGUCCAAUGCAAGUGGUACUCAGCGCCAAUCAACCACAACUUGGACUCGCCAAGAGUCCAUCGAUGAUGGUGACAAGCAAUACAAAUGGCGGUGCCACCAAUGGUGGUACCAACGGACAUCAUAGUUUCCUGCAACGUAGCCUCAGUGUAACAGCUGAACGACGCAAUGGUGAAACAUCGAACUCGAGCUCUAACUCUGAUUCCGACUCCGAUGCCGGGCGUUGCAAUGAAAAGGAUACCAAAAAUAAGGCGAAUACAAAAAGUGCAGCUGCUACAGCAGCACUCGGUACCCGCGUUGCAGUGCCAAAGAUGGACGAUGAGGAGACGUUCGAGAAAUUCUUUGUAUCAAAGAAACCGGCAGCUCCCAUACAGACCAGUGUGAUUGGCGAGGAUGCCGAAUUGAAGGAUUUCGACUUUGAUAGCAUCAAGGCGACACAGCGUUUGGUUACAAAGCGUGCCAUCCAGGGGCCAAAGGGUAGACGAGCAGCACGCAACCCGUUGAAAAGUUUGGCCGAACGCACUGAUAUCGCCUCCGAGUAUACAGAAGUUAAAUCUGGUGUGGCAGAGCGUGAAAUGCGACGCAUUAAACUCGAGUCAUAUGGUCACCGCAGUAGUAACUUGGCAGCCGAGGCUAUCGCCGGACUUGCCUCCGUUGAAGACUUCAAAUCGGUUGCCUUGAAAUCCUCUUCGCUGCCCCUAAAUCAAAUGUGGUUGCCAUACAAGAAACUCAUGUUGCUGCAUGUCAAGGGACGCACGCAUGUGCAGACACGCUUGGUUGAGCCCACCUACAAGUCAGUGAAUCGCGGCGACUGUUUCAUACUCGUCCAUGGCGAUCAGCUAUACCGUUAUGUCGGGUCAUUCGCUAAUGUAAUUGAAAUCGCGCGCAGCAAGAAAAUCUGUGCCUACAUUGUCGAAAAUAAGGAUCUCGGCUGCACUGCCACAGCCGAGGUUAUUUUAACAGAUGGUAAGUUCUUAAACGAGCAGCACUGGAAUAUAUUUUGGGAGCUGCUCGCCAAGCCAGACGAUUAUCAAAUACCCGACUGUGGCCAUGCCGAUGAAGAUGAUCUCUUCGAAGCCAGCCUCAUUGAGACGAACAAAAUUUAUGAGUUCCAAGACGACUCCUUGGUGCCGAUGGAAAAGUACUGGGGUUGCAUACCUAAAGUGGAGAUGCUCGAUCCAAAUAAGGUAAUCAUAUUCGAUUUCGGUAGUGAAAUGUAUGUAUGGAAUGGCAAGACGGCGCCAACGGAUGCCAAGCGCGCCGCCAUAAAAUUGGCGCAAGAGCACUUCGACACAGGCAAUGUGGACUACUCGAGCUGCUAUGUGAAUCCCGUUAACUAUGCCGCUAUAGUGGGCAGUCGCGAUUCUUAUAAAUUUCUGCGGCGUUGUGAGAAACGCGGCGAUUGGUGUAUACUCGGCAAAAUUACACAAAAUAUGGAGACAUCACUCUUCAAAGAGAAGUUCUCCGACUGGCCUGAAGUGGAGCGCGAAGAUCUCGAAAAGGAUUAUCUUGUGAAUGGUGUGCACGCUGUGAAAGCGCUCGACGGUAAAGGGAUUUACAAAGGCGAACCGUACCUGGAGCCCAAUCUAGUGCUGGAGAACGCCAAUUUGGGGCGUGGCAACUUCUACUACGACAAUGAUAGCAUGCGUCACUUCGAUGUGAUCACAAAAUCCAUCGACAAAUGGCAAAUACACGAAUUCAACUUCGAUAACGCUAAAGCCAGCAGCUAUGGACACUUCUACUCCGCCGAAAGUUAUAUUGUGCGCUGGGUGUAUCAGAUCUCCGUCACGGUGCGUGAGUUGAGUGGCAAAAUCUCUAAUCGCGCCACAGUGGGACGCGAUCGUUGUGUGUAUUUCUGCUGGCAGGGCAACGACUCGAGCGCCAAUGAGAAGGGCGCCGCUGCGCUGCUCACAGUAGAGCUGGACAAGGAGAAGGGUGCACAGAAGCGUGUUGCGCAAGGCGAUGAAACACCGGCCUUCAUACGCCUCUUCAAGUUGCUAUUCCAACACAGAGGUCGAAAGGAGGACUGCUUACAGCGGCGCAACACUUGGCGGCUCUACCAAAUCACCGGUAAUUUGCGCGAAGAAACACUGCUCAGCGAGGUGGAUUGUCAUGCUCGUCAGCUGCGUUCGCGCGCUUCAAUGCUGCUCGUGCAUGGCGAUAAGGGUGUGAUCUAUGUAUGGCAUGGCCGCAAGAGCGCCAAGCAUACACGCGAAUUGGCCGAACUGGCGGCAGAACAUUUGAAGUCAGAGAAACCGGAAGACAUGUUUGUGAAUAAUGUGAGUGUGAUGCGUGUGGAAACCGUCGAAGAGGGCAAACAGGUCGAUGAGUUCGCAGAGGCAUUGAUAGGCUUUGAUAGCAACGCUUACCACAGCUUACUCAAAGAGACAACCAAAGAUUUCGCAUAUACACCGCGUCUUUUUCACUUCUCUAGCACGCAGGGCGUGUUUAGCGCCGCAGAACUGCAGUAUGCGCUGCGUUGCAAGGACCUAUACAGCCCUUUCCCCUUUACACAAGCGCAGCUGUACAAUGCACGCCAGCCAACGAUUUUCAUGCUGGACGAUGGUGAUAUGCUAUGGUUGUGGAUGGGCUGGUGGCCGCUGGAAGAUCUCAAGAUCACCACCGAGGAGCGAAGCAGUCCGACGAACGAGAAUCGCGCUGGCGUGAAUCGUUGGAUCUCUGAACGACGCGCUGCUUUGGAGACCGCUGUCUCUUAUUGGUGCGCCAAAUUUGCUGAAAAUAACGAAAAAGACUUCCACGACAUUAAAGGUUACGUUGUGUGGGCUGGCCUUGAGCCGCUGGCAUUUAAAGCUCUCUUCCCUGAUUGGAUUGAACACGAUGAUAUCAAAGAAAUUAACAUGCAGGAUGGUCGCACCGAUGAACCCACUCCCAUUGCUGAUGUUUUGAAACAAUUAACACAAACAGAAUAUCCGCUAGCCAUAUUGAAGGGACGUCCAUUGCCCGAGGGUGUAGAUCCAACACGGCUGGAAUUAUAUCUGAAUGCCGAAGACUUUCUGUCGGCGCUUGGCAUGACCAGCGCGGAAUUCGAACAAAUGCCAUUAUGGAAGCAAACCAAUCUGAAGAAGGAGCGUGGCUUGUUUUAGUUUUCUAUUUGUUAAAUUUUUAGCUACCAAAAACCUACAAUAAGUUAAAAUUUACAGACUAUGCAUUGGAAAAACUAAAAAACAAAAAAAAAAAAAUACAUACUAAAAAAAAA